CGAAACCAUGUUAUUUAUCAUCUCACAAUUCCCAGUUUCUUCCUUACUUUUAAUUUUCAAGAAAAUCAAAUGAAAGGCUUAUGGAACUCAGCGAGUAUCAUUCCUGUUACUCUUUGUUUUAUUUUAUUGUCCAUCUAUUAUUUGAAAGACGUGCUUGCAGCUCCUACUAUGCAUUUUUUGUGUCGUCCCGAACAAAGGGAUACACUUCUCGCUUUGGAAAACGAGUUUCAUAUUGGGAAGCUUAAUUAUUAUUGUCAGCCGGAACGCAUUGACUCUCAUCGGAAGACGGAGUCAUGGGGGAAUAACAGCGACUGUUGUAGUUGGAAGGGUAUCACGUGCAAUGCCAAGUCCAGAGAAGUGGUUGGGCUAGACCUUCGCUGCAGCUUUCUCCAUGGCCGGUUUCAUUCCAAUAGCAGUCUUCAAAACCUUCCUUUUCUAACCACUCUUGACCUUUCAUUUAACGAUCUUACUGGCCAAAUCCCAUAUUGGAUUGGAAACCUUUCUAAUCUUAUCUAUCUUAGCUUUUCGGGAAAUCAUUUCAGUGGUCGGAUUCCAUCUUCCAUUGGAAACUUUUUUCAUCUCACCUCUCUCUACCUUUCGAAUAAUCAUUUCACUGGUCGGAUUCCAUCUUCGGUUGGAAACCUUUUCCAUCUCACCUAUCUCGACCUUUCUGAUAAUCAAUUAUCUGGUCAAAUUCCGUUUUCGAUUGGAAACCUUUUUCAUCUUACCUUACUCGUAUUUUCGAGUAAUCAAUUCUCUGGUCAAAUCCCGUCUUCAAUUGGAAACCUUACUCAACUCACAUUUCUUCAGCUUUCUAAUAAUCAAUGCUCUGGUGAAAUACCAUCUUUUUUUUGCAAUCUAAACCAGCUAACCACUUUAGAUGUUCAACGCAAUAUGCUCAGUGGGAAUUUCCCCAUUGCACUACUGAAUUUGACAGGGUUGUCAGCUUUAUCACUCUCAAACAAUCAGUUCAGUGGCGUGCUUCCUCCUAAUAUCUCUUCACUAUCAAAGUUAAUGGAUAUUGAUGCAAGUGACAAUGCUUUCACUGGAACUAUCCCUUCUUCUCUCUUCACCAUUCCUUCUUUGCUAUUUAUUGGUUUGAGUGAUAACACACUCAACGGCACUCUUGAGUUUGGUAAUAUUUCGUCACCGUCUAACCUACUAGAGUUAGCCAUUGGCAACAACAACUUCAAAGGGCCAAUCCCGAGAUCCAUUUCCAGAUUUGUCAACCUUUGGAGACUUGACCUUUCUCCUUUCGACACCCAAGGUCGCCCAGUUGACUUUAGUAUCUUCUCUCCUCUCAAGUCACUCGAAGAUCUUGACCUAUCCUAUUUGAACACCACCUCUACGAUUGACUUCAAUGAUAUCUUAUCAUAUUCCAAAAGCCUCUCUUAUUUAGAUCUCUCAGGCAACCAUGUUUCAACAACAAACAAAAUUUCAGUUGCGGAUCAUCGACAUAUCGCAUAAUCACUUCAAUGGAACCUUGCCAUCGGAAUACUUUGUGAAGUGGAGUGCAAUGUCGUCGAGUGCUAUGUCAGCAUUUAUAACAGACGAAGAUCGAUCGAAUGAAAAUUACAUGGGAUCAACCUAUUACUAUGAUUCAAUGGUUUUGAUGAAUAAAGGCGUAGAGAUGGAGCUACUACGUAUCUUAAAAAUCUUAACAGCAAUCGACUUUUCGGGAAACAAAUUUGAAGGAAAGAUUCCAAAGUCCAUCGGUCUAAUGAAAGAGCUUCAUGUGCUCAACUUGUCAAACAAUGCUUUCACUGCCAACAUCCCUUCAUCUAUGGGGAACCUCACAGCUCUCGAGUCUUUGGACGUUUCCCAAAACAAACUUUCAGGAGAAAUUCCAAAAGAGCUAGGCAACCUCUCGUACCUUGAAUACAUGAAUUUCUCUCAUAACCAGCUUUCAGGUCUAGUACCAGGGGGCACUCAAUUUCAAACGCAGCCUUGCUCUUCCUUUGAAGAUAACCUGGGACUUCUUUUUGGCUCUUCUCUCGACAAAGUUUGCGGAGAUAGUCACAUCGCAUCAACAGUAUGAAACACCAGAAUUAGAGGAAGAAGACAAAGAGGCGAUUAGUUGGAUAGCAGCUGCAAUAGGAUUCGUACCUGGUAUUGUAUCUGGUUUGACGUUUGGAUACAUAUUGGUUUCCCACAAACCAGAGUGGUUCAUGAAUCCUUUCGGCCGAAACAAUCGUAGACGGAGAAGCACUAGAGAGGCUUAAAGCCUAUCUGAAGAAUCUGGACGAGGAAAGUCAAAGUAACCACUCUUUAAGCCAGAUUUGUUUAAAUCCAGAUUGAUUUAGAUUUCGGUUAUUGUUCCUAGUUUAGGUUUGUGUGUUUCUCUUUUACUCUGUUUUUUUCCCAACUUUGUAAUUGACCAACUCUGUUUCGAACCUUAAAGUACUCUCCCUUUAGAUGCACAUGUAAUUUUAUUUUUUUCUGCAAUGUUAUCUUUACUUUUUCCUAUUAGACUCUCGCAUCUAUAUAUACGUAUGUCCAUUGUUCAUAUCAAUUAGUUACAGAAAUACAGAGAAAUAAUUUUAUACAUGCAUGGAUAUAUUCAAAGUCAGUUGUGUCGUUUUUUUUAAGACGUUGACAUAGCUAUUUUAUUUGUCUAAACAGAUAUUCUCUCU